UUAUUUAAAUUCCCUCCGCACAGGGUCAUCCAACGCUAGUCGAACGAGUGCCGCUGGUCCUUGAGGUGGGCGAACAGUGCAAAGUGAUCUGGUUGAAAUCAAGUUGAAGGUUGCAAAGGGAAAGUGUAGUGAGAGUUGGGCAGAAACAUUGGCUGUGUGCUAUACAGGUUGAACGACGCGAACCUAGUCCACCGCGAUGGUACGCAAGGAGCAAAGUGACGGAUCGAUCCCGCAGGUGAUCGUGACCGAGCAGGAGCAGCCGGGCGAUGAUCGGUCGAUGUCGCGCGAGGGCACCUACUCACGGGAACCGUCCCGGGAUCGCCGUUCCCGUUCCGUUUCCAUCUCGCGCCUCCGGGUGAACGAUCCGCUGCGCAAGGAGAUGAUGUUUGUGAGGGAAAAGUCUCCGUUCGAGAUUGGGGAGAACCGCGACGUGCAGGUCGCCUCCUGUAAGGCCAUCAUCGAUAAGGCGCUGGUGAUGGACGUGUCGGGCGGUGUGACGAACGUGGACGAGUACAUUUCGCUCUUCUUCGUUUCGGGCAUUGUCAUCGACGAGGCCUCCUGUAAGGACAUCUCGACCGCGGUAGAGGUAACGAUCGUCGAGGAGGAAGAGGAACGUCCCGAACUGGUGGUGUUGCCGCUCGUCGAAGAGGAACUGCCGGUGGUUGAGGAGGAACCGGGACAAAAAAAAACUUCGACUGAGGAUCUUGAAGAUAGCCGCGAAACCGAACCCCCCCUGGUGGCGACCGAUGGUGAACAGCUCGAGGGUGCUGCCGAACAUGACGUAGAACCAACCGAACCGGACGGAACUGAAGCACUCGAAGAUGUGACGGACGAACCGGCGGAAGACUUUGGCGGAGAGGAAACUGCCGAACCGGCCGAACCCGAACCAUUGCCCGAAGCGCCGGCCGAACCGAUGGAUGAUGAAUCUGAUUUAAAAGCCGACGGUGACGAGUCCGGGGAGUCUUAUAGCGAAACGGAGGAAUCAUCGUCAGAACUAUCCUACUCCUAUAGCGACAUGUCCGUGGACGAAGUGGAUCCCUCCGAGUGGCGCGUGUUCCACGAGGAUGAGGACGAAAUCGCGAUGAUUAAGUUCGAGCAGCGGGAGAAAACGCCCGAGCUGACGGAGAAGGAAAAGGAUGCCGAGUUCCAGCGAGUCCGGAAGGCGUCGCGUCCACCGCUAUACCUCACCAAGCUGACCGACCGGAGCGCCCCCACAGGUUCGACCAUCAAGCUACAGUGUACGGUCGAGGGCCAGGAGGUGACGGUACGGUGGAUGAAAAAUGAUCUGCCCAUCGAGCGGUCCGCCAACCUGCAGACAUCGGCCGCCGACGGUCUGUACACGCUCACGAUCAAGGACCUGAAACAUUCGGAUGCGGGCGAGUACAAGAUAUAUGCGAAGAACCGGGGCGGUGAGAUCCCGUCCGUCGCACGUGUAAAGGUGUACGAUGCGAUAAAGCCCAAGUGUCAGCUUCCAUUCUUUGUUAAAGUCAGAGACUACUUCCACCAUGCGCUGAAUGAUCUGGUGAUUGAAUGUCAGAUCAUGUUCCAGCAGGAAUGGUCCAUCCCGACGAUUACCUGGCUCAAGGACGGUGAUCCAAUUGUGCUUGACCAGCGAAUAGGUGCCACCUACGAGGGUGAGGAGAUAUUCCAGCUGAACAUCUACGACCCAACACCGGAGGACAGUGGACGGUACACGUGUAUCGCGGAGAAUGAGGCAGGCCGUAGCCAGAUCUCGCACACCGUCGACUUUGUAGACAAGGUGCCCUAUAUGCGACUUCCGGGCAUUACCAAUGCCGAUCGCAAGCAGCUGACGGAGGAAGAGAUCGAGGAGCGCAAGCGCGAAGAGCAGCGCAUUAAGAAGGAAGCCCAGGAGCGAUUGGCUGGUGGUGGAAAGUCGGGUCGUGGCGGUGAGGACGUACACGAACCGUACGAAUCGGAAUCGUUCGUCAUACGCGACUCGAAGAACAAGCUAACCUGGGCCGGUCAGCUGCACAACAUCACCACGACGAAGGGUGCGGUGGUGAAGAUGACCUGUUCGGCUAACGGACCGUUGCCGAUGUUCAAAUGGCAGCGUAAUGGCCGAGCGAUCGACUUCGGCGAUCACGUGAAGCUGAUGAACAGUGGCGCGAUCGGACAGAUCGUCAUCAAUGGUGUGACGCGCAAAGAUGCGGGCGAAUAUACCUGCACGGCGAAGAACAGCCACAACGAGGUGAAGACGACAUGCGUACUGAAGGUGAUAACGCUACCGUCGGCCGAAUCGACACCGGCCACGUUUACGAGAGCCGUGAAGGAGUUCUACGACAUCCGAGCCGAUGAUCUGGUGCUAGAGGUAAACGUACAUGGCGUCCCGAAGCCGACGAUCAAGUGGCUGAAGGAUGGUGAAGAUGUCGUGCUCGGCGAAAAGUUCCUCAUCAACCGUGAACCGAACGGUGUGUAUCAGCUGUGCAUCCACAAGCCGGUCGCGUCCGACUGUGGUGUGUACGAGUGCCAGGCGGUCAACUCGGCCGGUACGGCCAAGGUGUCGCACGAGGUAAGCUUCACGUCGAAGGAUAAGUUGAUUCACGUGCAGCACAUCGAACAUGCGGACUACUUUAAAAGACGGCUCGAGGAGAAGGAAGCGGCCAGUCUACUGUUAACGGCGGAACCGACCCCACCAACCGACCAACAGGCGCAACAGACCGCCCCAGCCCCGUCACAGGCACAGCAACAAGCGGAACCGACACCGGUGACUACAGGCGAGUCUGUUGCACCGGCAGAUACCGAGUCCGAAGCAACCGGUGAAGAAACCGCACCAGCAGCACCGGACGCUUCUCAAGAGCAAGCUGCACCGGCACCGAAACCGAAACCCGCAUUCAAGGCGAUGCCACGCAAACGCUUCGAGGAUGGACCGGUGGAACCGUUCGUCAUCCGCGACUCGAAGAACCGGCUGAUGUGGGAGACGAAGCUGAAGAACCAAACGGCACCGGCCGGCAAGACGAUGAAGCUGACGUGCAGUGUGACUGGGCCACAGCCGACGUGGCGCUGGUUGAAGAACGGUAAGCCGCUCGUCUGGAGCAAGAACGUCAUCAACGCGACCAAGGCUGAGUUUGGAUGUGUGCGCAUCACACCAACAACCGUUGCCGAUUCGGGCGAGUAUACGGCGUACGCGAAGAACAGUUUCGGCGAGAUCGAAAGCUCCUGCACGGUCAACAUUUUUGCAACGGAAAAGGACAUCGAGACGGUGCCAACGUUCACGCGGGUCAUUGACUACUACGAUUCCUUAGUGGAUGAUCUGAUCCUGGAGGUGCACGUACGCGGUGUUCCCGAUCCGAAACUGACCUGGGAGCGUGACGGUGUGGAGUUUACGAAUGAAACGGAUCGUGUGAUUAUCUCUCGCCAGGGUGACGGUGUAUACCGAUUGAGCAUCCACAAUCCGGAGAAGCUCGACGGUGGAAAAUGGGUGGUAACGGCCAAGAAUCAUGCCGGUGAGGAGAAGCUUAAGCAUUCGGUUACCUUCAAGGGACGUGAGUUCUACCAGAACCAACUAACGCACGGUAUCUACCAUGCGGACAAGCAGGUUACCCGUUCGGAAGAGGACGGAAUCGUGUAUGGUACGCGCUCCCGCUCGGUUUCACGAGCACCGUCCGUGGCUCACCAGGUUGGUCCCGAACCGGACAUUUCAGCCGUCGUCGAAGCGCUUCAAUCGAUUGAAGCGACAACUGAGGAAGCUCCAGCACCGGUUGAAGGAGGAGAAGCACCGGCGGCUACCGAUGCUCCCGAAGAACCAACCAUCAAGAAGAAGAAGGAACCGAAGCAAUGGCGCAAGAAUUUGCAAGGUCUGCUGAAGGGACGCAUUCCUGGACCGAUUCCGGAGGAGCCAACCAAACACAAGGUGUUGGAAGUGAAGCAGAAGCUGUACUUCGAGGCUAACCUGAAGAAUCAAACCGUGGCGGAAGGGUCGCAUCUGAAGCUGGUCUGUUCGUGCGUUGGUCCGCAACCGACGAUCAAGUGGUUCAAGAACAAUAUCCCGCUUGUCUGGAGCAAGAAUGUGAAGAACGACACGAAGCUGGGCGUCGGUGCGGUACACAUCAUCUCGGCCGAGUUGAACGAUUCCGGCACGUACAAGUGUACCGCCAGCAAUACUUCCGGCGAGGUAGAAACCACCUGUAAGGUGAUCGUAUUCCCGAUUCCCGAGAAGCAGCACGUUGCACCGAGCUUUGUGCGCAAUGUUAAGGAGCACUACGACAUCCAGACGAAUGAUUUGGUGCUGGAGGUGAACGUGCGCGGCAAUCCAAUGCCGUCCGUCAAGUGGCUCCGGGACGGUAUUGAUCUGCAGGAUCCAACGGGCGAGAAAUUCUUCCCAAUGCGCGAACCGGGCGGCGUGUUCAAGCUCACCAUCCACGAUCCGCAAGCUAAGGACGAAGGGCAGUAUGCGUGUGAAGCGACGAAUGUUGUCGGUAAGGACGUUAUCCGCCAUGCGGUACGACGCAUCAUGGAGCGCAAGAUCGCCGAAAGCCAUGUGUUCGGUAUCGCCUACCAUGAUCCGAAUGUGAUGAAGCACGGUGUGUACGAGGAACCUCCAAAACCGGAACCGGUACCACGGCCUCACAGGGAAUUUAUCUUCCUGGAGGACGGUUCGUAUUACAUACGUGGACAAACGCCCGAAUAUCUGUGGGAGUAUGAAACGGAUACCAGCGCGGAAAGUGAGUACGAGGAGUACGUUUCGCCGGAACCGGAACCAGAGCCCGAGGUGCCAGAGGUGAUCCCAGAGCCCGAACCAGUACCGGAGGAAAAGGUACCGUCUCGCUCACCGUCGCCGGACUUUUUGAUUAAAACUCCACCGCCACCACCGCCCAAGCAACCGGAACCGGUCGAAGCGGACGAUGAAGAUGAGGAUGAGGAUGAGGACGAGGAGGAAGAGGAGGCACCACCGCCACCACCGAAGCGUGGUCCCAAGAUCAAGAAGCUGCGCAAGAAGCGUGUGAAGCAGCCAGUUCAGGAGGAAGAACAGGUGAUCGAGGCACCAGCCCCAGUUGAGACAGCACCGCAACCAGCUGUAGAACCGAUCCCUAAACCAGAGGAAGUGGCCCCGUCGGCGCCAGCCGAAGGAGAAACGGUUGAAGAUAAGGACAAGCUGCGCAAGGAGCGUUAUCUGCGUCUCUUCCCAGAGCUAAACCCGGACGAUGCGAAGCGCGUGGAUGCUCGGGCCGUGUUGCGUUUCGGCAGCACGCUGCAUGACAUCAACAUUGUCGAGGGCAAACCGGUGCGCUUGUUCUGUACCGUGCUGGGCUCCAAGGCCGACUUCAAAUGGUACAAGAACGGUGAGCCGAUGGAGUUUACCAAGCAGAUCAAGAACCUGUCCGAUGCGAAGGAAGGUACGGGUGUGGUGGCGUUCAACAAGGCAGCCCGUGAGGAUACGGGCGAGUACGAGGUGGUGGUGAAGGAUAAGUCCGGUGCCGUCAUCAAGGGUACCUGCAAGUUGAACGUGUUGCCCGCACCGGUUCGCAUUCCGGUUGCCGAAGGUGAAGCUCCACGGUAUGUGCGCUGCAUGACCCAGCACUACGAUCUUCGCGUGGACGAUCUCGUGCUGGAAACGCAGAUUAAGGGUACGGGUCCGAUCAAGGUGGAAUGGUACCUGGACGGUAUCAUCAUCCCAAACAAUGAGAAGUACAUCCAGAUCCGUGAACCGCACGGCAUCCACAAGCUGUGCAUCCACAAUCCACAGAUUCGCGACAAUGGCCGGUACAUGGUGAAGGCCAGCAACGACUUCGGUACGGAGGAGCUGAGAUAUACGCUCCGGUUUGAGGGUAAGGCGGCUGCGAUGCCGAUGUACCACAUGCACCAUGCCGACAAGCGUCGAACGUACGAGGAAGAAAAGGUAGAAGAACCGCGUCAACACCGUGAGGUCGUCUUCUUGGAGGAUGGAUCGUACUACCUAAAGGGACAGACACCCGAACGGUUCUGGGAGUGGGAAACGGACACCGAUGCUGAGAGCGAAUACGAAGAGUACGUGCCCGGGGAGACCGAAAGUGAGGAGGAGCCAGAAGUGGAAGAAGAAGAGGAAACGGAAGAGCAGGCGGAACCGGCGGAGAAACCAGCCUCGCCUGAAAAACCUCCUACCGAGCCCGCUGUGGAAGGUGCGGAGCAGGAGGAAGCGGAAGCGGAGGAAGAAGAGGAGGAAGAGGUUGAACCACCACCGAAGCCGAUCAAGCGUGGACCGAAGAUUAAGAAGUUGCGCCGCAAGGUGCCGAAAGAACCGUCUCCGGAAAAGGUUCCGGAACAGCCGAAGGAGGUGCCGAGACAGCGCGAACCACAGCGACAAGCAACCGGUGAGCCGAAGAUGAAACUCAGCCAGCUGAUAUCGAGCGGCAAGAGUUUGGCACCGCCGGAGGUACCGCGUGUCAAGCGCUGGAAGAAACCGAUCGAGGUGGAGUUCAUUUCGCAUCUGCGCAGCGGUACGAUCAAGAAGGGCAAAAAUUUGACGCUUAACUGCUGCUGCUCGGAUGCGCAGAAGAUCGAGGUGACCUGGCUGAAGGAUGACGAACCGCUGGUAAUGGGACCGCGCUGUCGUAGUGACGUUACGCGCCAGGGCUACUGUACGCUGGAUCUGGUCGAUCUGAGAGUGGAAGAUUCCGGUGUGUACAAGUGCGUGGCCAAGACAGCCAACGGUACCGCUACCGACUCCUGUCGCAUUACCGUCUUCGAGCUGGAAAAGAAGGCCGAGGUCGAGCUGGUACCGCCGACGUUCAUCACACCAUUGAGAGAGCUGUACCAUCCCACGACGAACGAUCUGCAUCUGGAGAUCCGUGUCCGCGGUAAUCCGGUACCAACGUUCCGCUGGAUGUACGACGCUAUACCGAUCCUGCAGAGCAACGAAAAGUACGAGAUCUUCAACCAGCACUACUACGAAAACGGUACCAAGAUUACGACCGUACAGCUGAUCAUUAACGAUCCACAGCUGCGGGACAGUGGCAAGUACACGCUGAUCGCCAAGAACGAUGUCAAGACGGUCGAAAUGUCUCGCCAGAUAUCGAUCCCGCUGCGCUUCGAUCAGCGGGUGCAGGCACCCAAGAAGCGCAUGGACGAUGUGGUGGUAGAAAACGAAGCACCGCGUGUCCUUCCGAAACCACCAACACCCGAACCGGAACCGGUCGUCGAGGAACCACCGGCUGAACCGGCCGAAGGAAAAGAGCAGGCAGAAGAGGAAGUGGAGGAGGAAAAGGAGGACGAAGAGGAGGAAGAUUAGGGAGUGUAUUGUAGCAGGCAUUAGGAUUAAGCUAGCAUGUUUAAGAAGUUUUGUUUUGUGUAUCUGAAUUUAUUUGUAAUAGGCCAUAGGCAGAUCAUCCUAACAGCGGACUAAACGGCCGCGGGAGAGGCCCCGAGCACCGAGGUUAGGCUCACAAGUAGAAAUAUAAUAUUGUAAUUUUAUUAUUUAA